AUGAGUCAGUCAAUAACAUCACGAAUCAAAUCGAAACUUUUUCAAGGUAAUAACGACAGCGAUAAUGAUAACAACAACAAUAAUAAUGAUACAGAUAAAGAAGGAACCAAAAAUAGUAAUUUUGAUAAACAUUCAAAUAGGAUAGGAUCACUUCCGACCAUGGAUUUUACAGUGCACACAAAUGAAAGUUCUGAACUUAAUCCAAUUACAGAAACCAACUCAACCCGAUCUGAGACCCCUAUAACUAAUAAUACGGAUACGACCCCAACAGAAGAAAAUAAUAAAGAUGAUGGAACUACAGUUAAUACAAAGCAUAACCCCAAGCAAAACCCUAACAGUAGAAUAAGGAGAUUAAAGAAUAAAGUUUUUGAUAUGAAUUUCAGACCAAGUAGGAGUGUCUCAAAAGAAACUGUCCCAAAGACAUCAGAACAAUCAAAAACCACCAGCACUCCCAAAGAUUCAAGUGAUGGGGACAUAGUUCCAAUGGAGUUACAAAUACCUAAAAACACUACAACAGCAGCAAGAAAUUCGUUUAGUAAAAGCCCUAGAAGACGAAGUUUAGAAAAAUUUCCCAUAAAGGAUAAUGUACCUCACAAUUAUGAUGAAAUGUACCGUACAUUUUCUGAAACAUCUGCAUGUUCUUCUCAAGACACAAAUAUAAAACCUAGGAGGCAUCAUUCAAGGCAUCAAUCAUCUAUCCUCCCCAUGAAGAAAAUAACAUCUGAAAAUACAAGUUCUGGCUCUCCACCUUUUCGAUUGUAUAACGUAACAGCGUUACGUCAUUUAAGAUCGAACGAUGACAAUAUCGAAUUACCGAAAUACCCUGCUGAGGAAGAACAUAAGACAUUAGGGCUCCCAAACCAAUCUAAAUCAAUAACUAGAAGGCGUAGUAAGACUGUUGAUGCAUACGAUACGCUAAAGAAAAGCAGAACACCACCGGCAAUACAAUUAAGAAUGCCUGGCACAGCUAGAGUGAGUCGUUCUAACUCCUUUAAAUUAAAUGAAUCACGAAAUAAAAAUGAUAACAAUGAGGAAUAUUCCUCAGCGAAACCAUACCCUCCUCCAUCUCCAGAAAGAUUGAGCACAUUUGGCGGGCCACUGACAAGGAGAAGUACAGAGACAACGAACACUAAACCCUAUUCUAACCAUAAUACGCCUAGUCUCCAAAGUAAUACUAACUCUACAUUCUCAAUAUCUAGAAGGAGUAAUUCAAUAGUAAACGCUUUAAGUAGUUUUGUGAAUCUGAGGUCUGGGAGUGGUUCUUCUAGUAAGGCACCACAUUUCCAAAAUUAUAAUUUUCAGCCAGAAAACACAGUUCCUGUAAAAUUAUCCGAUUUACCCACACCACCAAUGUAUAAGGAAAACGAACCAUAUGAUAGUUAUUUAAAAAGAUUGUCAGGUUAUGGAAAAUUUGUUUCAGUAAUCUUAACAGAAAAACCUGAUGGUUACAAGCUUGGCUGUUUGAAGUUUUUCUUAAUAGAAUACUUUGAUUUUGCAAUGGAUCCUUUAGAUAUUGCACUUCGAAAAUUGUUGAUAUUUUUAGAACUUCCCAAGGAAGCCCAACAAAUUGAUAGGCUUCUUACAGAAUUUGCUAAAGUAUACUAUGAUAAGCAGAAAUCGUACUAUGGAACCAACUGCCCCUGGACUAAUUAUAAUCAAGUAUAUUUUGUGAUAUUUUCCUUAUUAAUGCUUCACACAGAUUACUUUAAUGCCAAUAACAAACAGAAAAUGACAAGACAAGAAUUUACCAAACUGGUCCACGAAGAUACAUAUUCAGAAGGUGAUAAAGUACCGUUAGAAAUAUUAGCAUAUUAUUACGGUAAUAUUGUGGCUAAAGAAUCCCCAAAAUUCGAUUUUUCUACUUAUUAUUCCAUGCUAAGUCCCUCAACUCCAAGCUCUAUAGAGUUUACAUAUUCCGAAAACAACUCCUCAGAGGGAGCCUCUAAAACAUCACUUUUACCAUAUAAUGCAACUAAUGCACUAAUCCAGACAAAUACGGAGCAUGUAACUGAUACAAUCGAAGAUAAUGUAAACAAAGAAAACUACAAAACUACAGCCGUGAUGGAUGAAAACGAUGGGAUAAUUUACUCACCAAAAGCAAUAAUAGAACAAAACAAGCUAUUUAAUAGUAGAAGAACUAGUUAUAACUCCAACAAUACAGCAGGAGACAUCGAUGAUACAGCAAUUAAUGCUUUAACACAAGAUUAUACACCACCAUUAACUUUUAAAGGUCGCCCAUCUUCUAAUUCAAUUUCAUCAUACUUUUCAAAUUCUAAUAUGACACCUACACCAAUACCUUCUUCUAAUACGUUUGCCACAUUAACACCUGGAGGGGCUGUUGGAAAUCCAUUUUUAUCAUCUCAUAAGCAAGGAGGAAUUUCAUCUGCCGAAACCAAAGAUGAUAUCGAUAUAUACUAUCACAUUUUCAAUGACGACCUUUUUGAAAUUUCAAUGACUUUACAAGUUGUGAAAUUAAUGCCCCAUGAUUUUAGUACAUACAAUGUUAUGCCCAAACAUAAAGAAGAGAAUAAAUACAAAAAGUAUUAUGAUAUCCUUAAAGAAUUCAAAGGGGCAUAUUUAAGGAUACCAAAGAACCAUAUCAGCAAGCUAAACAUCCCUAACUAUGAAAUCAUUAAUCCCUCAGAACCAUCGAACAACCAAUUAUUGAAAUCCAAACCAAAAUAUUAUUAUUUAAAGAUUAUCAGAAUGGGUGAGAUUGAAGAAUUAUCCAGCAAUAAUAGUUGGAGAUCAAAGACUGUACUUUUAACAAAUUGUGGUAUUCUAAUAUAUGAUUCAAACAAACCAGGUCAUCAUCAUACAUUGAUACCUAGUGGUUCUAUCUUCUCUGAUUCUUCUGAAUUAUUUACAACUGAGGUGAAUAGAAAUGAUACAACUGGCGAAAGUUACUACACCGUUAACUUUAGAAGUGGGUUUGUGAUGCUAUUUAACGACGAGCUAUAUGCAGAGACGACCAAAUGUGAAAGUAGUUACAAAAGUAAUGAUAAUAGUGAUAAUCGUAAUGAUGAAAUGAAUGAAAAUGAUUAUGCAUUCCUUUUAUGGGGGACACAUGGAAAGUCUAUAUGGAGAUGUAAGAAUGACCUAGAGAGAUCAAACUGGAUUGAUUCCAUAAAUCUUCUUGGUUGUUUCCAUGGUACUUCAAACAAUUAUCGUUGUUUAAAUGACACUGUUGCUUGUAAAGAAACAGAAACCAUUAGUCAUCGAUAUUAUUAUUGGCAUAUUGAAAAUCAAAAAAUAAUUGAAAAAUUUAAUUCAAUUGAGAGAGAACUUAUCCUUUUCAAACAGAGUAUCCCUAUCAACUCAAGGACACGUAAUGACAUGAUUAAUAACAUCGUAAAUCUCUCCAAAAAAGUAAAAAGGUUCAUACAUGACUACAGAAGGAAUGACUGUUACAAUUUUAUUGUCGACUCACUUGACCUUGUCAAAGAGGUAGAUCCAACAGAUGAAUGUGAAAGUGUUAUCCAAACUAGCGCUAUAUCAGAUGACAGAGGGUUUUCAUUUAACGAGGAGAGUCUCCAAAAAUGCUUUACAGAGAAUAGUCGCGACAACCUGGAUGAUCUUGUUGAGCCAUUAGAUGGAAGUUCAUUACAUUGUGCUUAG